AUGGAUACAUCUGCGGGUCCAGGACAUCGUUUAGCCCUUCGAGUGCUUGCGCAGUUAGUGCUGACAUCUGCGUCUAAACGUGCCGGAUCGACAUCCGAAAGUGAAUCCAUGAAUGGAGAGUUGAGCAAUCUUCGUAGCGAGCUGGAUCGCAUGCAAGCCGUCGACAUGCGUAAGGACAUCCGUAUUUCAGAGCUCAUCAAAGAGCUUGACGCAACAAAAUGUCGAGUAGAAGCACUGGAAGGUAAAUAG